AUGCUGUUUUGCUCUCUCUGUCCUCCUGUGUAUGACCUCUGCCUGAUUAUCGUCAAGUCCCUGGGUGUUGCCUCAUGGAUCUCCUUGUGGAGAUCAGCCUGUACUACCUGGUUUCCUGCACCUUCCUGUCGUCGGACCUUUGGUUUCCCAGCUCCACCCGUCCACUGCUCAAAAGGACAUCUACCACAUUCUUCCUGGUACUACAAUGGUCUCAUACCUGCGGUGGUGCUCUCCUUCUGCUUUGUCCUGGGAGUACCUGGAAACCUCGCCGUGAUUCUUCUCAAGUCUAAAUGGAAAAAGAUCUCCAGUCUGAGCCAGAGUUUAAUGCUGAAUCUGGCCAUUUCUGACCUGCUCGGUUUGCUGACCUUACCACCAAAGAUAUACGCUUCGUUAUUUGACUGGAAAUUUGGCUUGGUGGCCUGUAAGAUUCUUAAUUAUCUUCUGUACAUCAGCAUUUAUGGCAGCCAGUUGACUGUGACUGUGUUAGGCAUUCAGCGUUACCUACAAGUGGUUCAUCAGGAGAAGUGGCAUCAGGGACAAAAGCGCGUGCGGCUGGUUCUGCUCUGGCUGGUUGCCGUCAUCCUGUCCAUCCCUGUUUUGGUGGAUCGGCAGGUGAUAACAAACCAGCAGAGGACUGUCUGCCAACCACAGUACUCCUCUGAGGCACAAUGGGUGGUUGUGUUGCUAACAGAGACGCUGUUUGGAUUUUUUUCUGUGUUGCUUGUGCUGAUUUCAUACAUUCGUCUUAACAGGAAAAUUAAACGUGUCGUGUUUUUCAACCAUCCAAGAACAACUCAGCUGAUUACCAGCAUCAUUGUGAGUAAUUUUGUUCUCUGGUCUCCAUUUAUUGUCAUAAACGUACUUGGUGUGGUGGCUAUUUGUGCCAAAAAUGAAGGCUUGUUAAAUUUUUGCUCAAACACAUGGGUCCUUGUCAAAGCUCUCACAGUUGUAAUUAGGUGCUUAAAUCCUCUCUUGUAUGCCUAUAACUCGAGAACAAUUCUGACAACAUAGAAUGCCCCAAACAAUGUGUUUUGUAUGUUUGUUUUUUUUUUAAUAUAAAAGGACUGUGCUGCCUUUUGUAAGUUAAGCUGGACCAGCAAGGUUGAAAACCGCACUAGAACGCCCCCUGGUGGAUAUUUUAUGUUUUGGUGACGCUAAAAAAGAAUAUAGAUCCAAGAUGGUGGAACGCAUCACCGAACAGUUCAUGAUUUAAGCUGAUUAUCCUUAUACGUUGUGUUUCAGACAAGAUUUGUUCGUAAGUAUUGGUUAAUUGUAAAAGCAAUAAUUGUCUCUUUGUUUUAUGUAACUGGUGUAAAUAAUUGUACGCUGGAGUCAUUUAGGAAAAAGUUUUUUCUUAUUUUUAGCUAGCAGCUAGAAUAGCUAGUUUGCUAUGUUCGUUGGCUAAUGCUCAGUUUUGUAUGUUUCGGUUUACGAUGGCCAAAGUGAUGGCAGUGGUCAGAGGCCACUCUUCAAUAAACAAGUAGAAAAUAAACAAGUUUGGUUAUUGGAGCGUCGUUGUCUGGCUGUCUAUCUGCUGAAAACUGGAAAUCUCAGGGCGAGGACAGCACAAGGACCAUGCUAUGUGUUCUGUCAAUUAUUACAAAUCUGAAAUGCAUUAAAUAAUUUACAUUUGUUGGAAGUAGGAAUAUAUUUGUUUUCUUACAUAAUCUUGCCUAACAAUAUGUAGUAACCAGAGCUAGUUUCUGUCUCUGCUCAUAAACUAGUUUAGCAGAACAAGGACUGUACUCUUUCUUGUUUGGUUGCAAUGCUGACAUAUUAAAAAUGAAAUGUAACUGUUCCUGAUGUGCUC